UUUAUUGGUGGUCCCUGGGGCGGCGACUCGUCUCUCUACGGGAAGCAGCAUGCUGGGAGAUGUAGUUCCGGGUUCAGUUGCCAUGGCGUUCGUCACAGCCUCCCCCAGAUCGGUCAUCCUGCGGUAGUGACGGGCAGUCUGACCAAUGGCAGUACUGUUUGGACCCAAGAAGGCGGGCUCUCUGCAGAAGGACUGGGAAGGUGGCGGCGGCGAAGGCGCUGGCGGUUGAGGUUGCUCCGAGCCAGGUAACUAUGAAAGGCUUGUAUUUUCAACAGAGUUCUACAAAUGAAGAAGUAACAUUUGUAUUUCAAGAAAAGGAAAAUGUCCCUGUCACAGAGGAUAACUUUGUGAGAGUUCAAGUUAAAGCUUGUGCCCUGAGCCACAUAAACACAAAGCUUCUAGCAGAAAUGAAGAUGGAAAAGGAUUUCUUCCCUGUUGGAAGAGAAGUUUCUGGAAUUGUAUUAGAGGUUGGCAGGAAGGUAACGUUCUUUCAGCCAGACGACGAAGUGGUCGGAAUUCUGCCUUUGGAUUCCGAAGACCCCGGGCUCUGUGAGGUUAUUCGAGUACAUGAGCAUUACCUGGUUCAUAAGCCAGAAAAGGUGUCAUGGACGGAAGCUGCUGGCGUCAUCCGGGACGGAGUCCGAGCCUGCACAGCUCUGUAUUAUCUUUCUCAACUCUCUCCUGGAAAGUCUGUGCUGAUCAUGGACGGGGCAAGUGCAUUUGGCACAAUAGCCAUUCAGUUAGCCCACCACAGAGGAGCCAAGGUUAUCUCAACAGCACACAGCCUGGAGGACAAGCAACAUCUUGAAAGGCUUAGGCCUUCUAUAGCCCGUGUGAUUGAUGUGUCUAAUGGGAAAGUCCAUGUUGCUGAAAGCUGUUUGGAGGAAACAGGUGGCCUGGGAGUAGAUAUUGUCAUAGAUGCAGGAGUGAGAUUAUAUAGUAAAGAUGAUGAACCAGCUGUAAAGUUACAUCUGCCACAUAAGCAUGACAUCAUCACACUUCUUGGUGUCGGAGGCCAUUGGGUAACAACAGAAGAAAACCUUCAGUUGGAUCCUCCAGAUAGCCACUGCCUUUUCCUCAAGGGAGCAACGGUGGCUUUCCUUAAUGAUGAAGUUUGGAAUUUGUCAAAUGCACAACAGGGAAAAUAUCUUUGUAUCUUAAAAGAUGUGAUGGAGAAGUUAUCAGCUGGUGUUUUCAGGCCUCUGCUCGAUGAGCCCAUCCCACUGUAUGAGGCAAAGGUUUCCAUGGAAGUUGUUCAGAAAAAUCAAGAAAGAAAAAAGCAAGUCGUUCAAUUUUAAUUCUCUUCCCUGAUCUCAGUCGGAUGCACCCACACCAGUGGGGGAAGCCAGUUUUCUUUGGAAAUUGUUGAGAAAAACCAAGGACGAUAAAGCAAGAUUUUAUAUUUUUAAGCCUGUUUUCCUGCCACAGUAAGAUGUUUGGUUAUUUGACAUAUUUGAAAAAUACUUCCAAAAUUAAUGUGCAAACAAUCCAGAUAAUUUUUUUACCAUCUGAAGGGGACAUUCCAAAAGCUUCUUUUAGUUAUUGUAUCUGUACACUUUGCCUCUGCUAUAAAAUUCUUUCCAUUAAGAAAACUGCUUUCAGCAAAAGCUACACUAUUCUAGCAAAUACAUCUGUCACAUGCUUUUGCUAUACCAAACGUCAUUUGAUUUUGUUAUCAACUUCAUUCUCAACACCUUCCUUAACAAACCGUUGAUGCCAUUAUUUUAGCAUUUGUACUUUCCGACUUCAAAGUAUCUAAUCCACUGGCAUUUAAAAUGUUUUUAAAUAUUCA